AUGGAGCCCGAGGUGCGGGUGUUGCGUGCGGCGGGAGGCUUCGGCCGGGCUCGGCGCCUGGUGGCCGCCGCUUCGUGGCUGCCGUGCGUGGCGCUGGGGCUGGCACUGGGCUCGGAGCCGCUGCUCACCGUGCUGCCCGGGCACCACUGCCGGCCGGACCCCUCGCUGCUGCCCCCCGCGCUGCGCACCCUGAGUGGGCCCGCGCUACUCGAUGCCAGCGUGCCACGCCUGGGCCCCGCGCGCGCCUGGAGUCCAUGUCUGCUCCUGAGCUACUCCGAGCCCACGCCCCGCGCCCCCCCGAACGGCACGCGGUCCUGCACACGCGGCUGGCACUACGCGCUGCCCGCGGCAGGCCUGCUGCGCAGCCCGGUCACCGAGUGGAACCUCGUGUGUGAGAACGGCUGGAAGGUGCCACUGGAGCAGACGAGCCACCUCCUGGGCUGGCUGUUGGGCUGUGUCAUCCUGGGCAUGGGCUGUGACUGGUUUGGACGUCGGGUUGUGUUUUUGGCCUCCCUGGUGCUGGCCACAGGCCUGGGGGCUGGUGAGGCCCUGGCUGCCAGCUUUCCUGCCCUGCUGGCCCUGCGGCUGCUUCACGGGGGGGCUUUGGCAGGGGCCUCUCUAGCCCUCUACGUGGCUCGCCUGGAGCUGUGUGACCCCCCGCACCGCCUGGCGUUCUCUGUGGGGGCUGGCCUCUUCUCAGUGGUGGGCACUCUGCUGUUGCCUGGCCUGGCCCUGCUCGCAAAGGACUGGCGCCUUCUGCAGGGGCUGAGUGCCCUAGCAACGGGACUGCUGCUGCUCUUUUGGGGGUUCCCAGCCCUGUUCCCUGAGUCUCCCUGCUGGCUGCUGGCCACGGGGCAGCUGGGCCAAGCCAGGAAGAUCUUGUGGCACUUUGCCGAAGCCAGCGGCGUGGACCCGGAGAACAGCCCUGAGGAGGAGAGCUCCCUGGUUACGGAGCUGGAUGUGCUGUCUACAGGGAGCCCCCAGCCCCAGCACCACUGGGUCCUGGAGCUCCGGCACACGCGCAUCACCUGGAGGAAUGGACUCAUCCUGGGCUUCAGUUCGUUGGUCGGUGGGGGCAUCAGAGCCAGCUUCCUCCAAAGACUGGCCCCUCGUGAGUCGGCCUUUUAUGGGCCCUACUUCCUAGGGGCCGGCCUUGAGGUGGCAGCCACCGUCUUCCUGCUCCUGACAGUGGAUCGCUGGGGGCGCCGCCUGGUUCUGCUGCUGAGCACCUUGGUCAUGGGCCUGGCAUCCCUGCUGCUUCUCUCAGGGGUCCAGUACCUGCCGGGCUGGACCCUGCUGUCCUUCUCUGUUCUGGGGCUCCUGGCCUCCCGGGCUGUGUCCAUCCUAAGCACCCUCUUCGGGGCCGAGAUCUUCCCCACAGUGAUCAGGGCGUCGGGGCUCGGCCUCGUGCUGGCUGCCGAGUUCCUGGGCCAGGUGGCCACCCCCCUCGCUGACAUGCAAGGCCGGAGGGGCUUCUUCCUGCAACACGUGGUUUUCACCUCUUUUGCCAUCCUCGCCCUGCUGUGUGUCCUGCUGUUGCCUGAGAGCCGUGGCCGUGGGCUGCCCCAGUCGCUGGAGGACUCGGACCGCCUGCGCCGAUCACCACUCCUUCGGGGCCGCCCCUGCCAGGACCACCUGCCCCUGCUGCCACCCUCCUACGGCCAGGCCCAGACACGGCUGUUUCAGGAUGGGUGACGCUGGCUGGACAGACACUCCCCUCAGAUGACCACAUGUCAGUGUGGGCAGAGGGGGCUCAGGGAGGAGCUCUGGGGUCAGUGUAAAGGGGGAGUCCCCUGCUGGGCCCCUUAUUCCUGGGGGCCCUGACCACCCCCCCACACCAUGUGUGAAGAAUAAAGGCGUCUGUGGAACUUGGCAUCCUCCAUGGUUCCCUCAGACCCCAUCCUGGGGCUGGAGGGGCUUCCCACUCCAGGCCCCCGCAGCCAAGGUGC